GCGGCGGCGGCGGGAGCUGCGGAGUCGGGAAUCAAAACAAAGGGCCUGGGGGGGGGCGGGGGGUAAGGUUGUGGGGCAGGAAUGUGAGCGGAGGUGGAGCCGGCGGCUGGGGGUGGAAGAAUGAAAGAAAAGAAAGCUGAAAGAAUGUUGAACCAAUUUGUAUGGCUGUAUGAUGGAAGGAAACGGAACUGAGAACUCCUGCAGUAGAACACUUGGAUGGCUUCAACAAGAUAAUGAUGCUAAGCCAUGGCUUUGGAAAUUCUCUAAUUGCUUUUCUCGUCCUGAGCAAACGUUGCCACUUAGUCCCCAAACGAAAGAUUACAUGGAGAACAAGAAAGUUGCUGUGGAAUUAAAGGAUGUACCAUCUCCUCUGCAUGCUGGCUCUAAACUUUUCCCAGCAGUCCCACUUCCAGAUAUUCAUUCUCUUCAGAAACCUAAAAUUCAACUUUCAACUGUCCCCAAAGUAAGCUGCUGUGCUCACUGCACUAAUGAACCCUCCACUUCACCGAUGCAUUUUGGUGGUGGUGGUGGUGGCAGAAGUACUGGUGGCUUGGUUCACACAGGUGCACUGUUAGACUCACAAAGUACCAGGACAAUCACAUGUCAGGUAGGGCCAGGGUUUGCCUUCCAGUCUGCAUCUCCACUCCAGAAUGCCUCAGCUAGGAACAAUUUAGCCAGCCUUGUGAGUGACUUCCCCAACAUGUGUCUAGAAAGUAAUCUGUCUUCCUGCAAGCACCUACCCUGUUGUGGAAAGGUCCAUUUCCAGUCAUGUCACAGGAAUGUGCACAAGCUGCAUCAGUUUCCAGCUCUGCAGGGCUGCACCUCUGCUGGCUACUUCCCCUGUUCUGAUUUCACAAGUGGGGCUCCAGGGCAUUUGGAAGAGCACAUUUCACAGUCGGAGCUGACACCUCACUUGUGCACCAACUCUUUGCACCUAAAUGUGGUACCUCCGGUUUGUUUAAAGGGCUCACUUUACUGCGAAGACUGUCUAAACAAGCCGGCAAGAAAUAGUAUAAUUGAUGCUGCUAAAGUCUGGCCAAAUAUACCACCUCCAAAUACUCAAACUGCACCUGUUACUAUUCCUCUGUGUAAUGGCUGUGGAACCAAAGGAACAGGGAAGGAGACCACAUUGUUAUUGGCGACCAGUCUAGGCAAAGCCGCUUCAAAAUUUGGGUCACCAGAAGUUGCAUUAACUGGACAGAUGCUAGAAAACUUACCCCCCAUUGGAGUUUUUUGGGAUAUUGAAAACUGCUCAGUUCCCUCUGGCCGCUCGGCUACUGCUGUUGUACAGAGAAUCCGUGAGAAGUUUUUUAAAGGCCACAGAGAAGCAGAAUUCAUCUGUGUGUGUGACAUAAGUAAAGAAAACAAAGAAGUUAUUCAAGAGCUGAAUAAUUGCCAGGUAACUGUUGCCCAUAUCAAUGCUACUGCAAAGAAUGCUGCUGAUGAUAAACUGCGCCAGAGCCUCCGAAGGUUUGCAAAUACUCACACGGCUCCAGCCACUGUGGUUCUUGUGUCAACUGAUGUCAAUUUUGCAUUGGAACUCAGUGACCUGCGACACAGGCAUGGUUUCCACAUAAUUUUGGUCCAUAAAAAUCAGGCCUCAGAAGCACUGCUGCAUCAUGCCAAUGAGCUGAUCAGAUUUGAGGAGUUCAUUUCUGACUUGCCCCCUAGGUUACCGUUAAAAAUGCCGCAGUGCCACACUCUGCUCUAUGUCUAUAACCUGCCAGCAAACAAAGAUGGCAAGAGCAUCAGCAACAGGCUCAGACGCCUGUCUGACAACUGUGGCGGGAAAGUGAUGAGUAUCACAGGCUGCAGUGCAAUUCUCCGCUUCAUCAACCAGGAUAGUGCAGAGCGGGCUCAGAAGCGAAUGGAAAAUGAAGAUGUCUUUGGUAAUAGGAUUAUUGUGUCAUUUACUCCAAAAAAUCGAGAGCUCUGUGAAGCAAAGAGCACCAUUGCUGACAAAGUGAAGUCUCCAAAAAAACUUAAAAAUCCCAAAUUGUGCCUCAUCAAAGAUGCAAGUGAACAAUCUUCCAGUGCCAAAUCACCUGGAAAAGGGUCGCAGGCAAAUUCAGGAUUGGUGACAAAAAAUGCAAAUGUGAAAAGUUUACAGGAGCUGUGCCGCAUGGAGUCAAAGAGUAGUUCUAGAAACAGUGAAUCCCAGCAAGGUCACCUCAGGCUGGUGACACCUGCUCACAGAAACUCAAGUGCUGCAGUGCCCAUCCCUAAAAACUCGGGGAUAGCUGAAGCCGUUUACAAAACCCAUACAAAAAAAGAGAACCCCAGUGCCCGAAGUGUUGCCAGUUCUCCCAUAGAGAAAAAAGAUAAAGAGGAGACUAUGUUCCAAGUGAGUUACCCAUCAGCUUUUAGCAAGUUGAUUGCAUCCAGGCAAGUUGGUUCUGUGCUUACAUCUCAGACCUGGUCUUCUCGGAGUAUGUCUCCAAAUCUUUCAAACAGAGUGUCCCCACUUGCUUUCAACAUCGUAAACCCAAGCCUUGUUGCCGACUGCCCAGACCCAUAUGCAAAUGGUGCUGACAUCCAGAUCAGCAACAUCGACUACAGGUUAUCCCGGAAGGAACUGCAACAACUCAUGCAGGAAGCCUUUUCCAGGCAUGGCAAGGUGAAGAGUGUGGAGCUUAGUCCCCAUACGGAUUACCAACUCAAGGCUGUGGUUCAGAUGGAGAAUUUGCAGGAAGCAAUCAGUGCAGUGAAUAGCCUCCACAGAUACAAAAUUGGCAGCAAGAAGAUCCUGGUCUCACUUUCCACAGGAACUGCUAAUAAAUCACUCUCUAUACUGAGUGCAGAAACGAUAUGUAUUCUUCAGGAUGCUCCUGCCUGUUGUCUGCCUCUUUUUAAAUUUACAGAUAUCUAUGAAAAAAAGUUUGGGCACAAGUUGAAUGUGUCAGAUUUAUAUAAAUUAACAGACACAGUUGCAAUCCGUGAACAAGGAAAUGGGAGACUGGUCUGUCUCUUACCCAGCAGUCAAGCCAGACAGAGCCCCUUGGGGUCCUCCCAGUCGCACGAUGGCUCCUCAACCAAUUGCAGCCCAAUUAUAUUUGAAGAGUUGGAAUAUCAUGAGCCCAUCUGCAGACAGCAUUGUUCCAAUAAGAAUUUCAGUGAACAUGAAUUUGAUCCAGACACUUAUAAGAUUCCUUUUGUGGUUCUCUCUUUGAAGACAUUUGCACCCCAGGUUCACAGUCUGCUGCAAACACAUGAGGGCACUGUACCUUUGCUAAGCUUCCCAGAAUGUUAUGCUUCGGAGUUUGGUGAAUUAGAAGUUGUGCAGGAAAACCUAGGGGGUGUUCCUCUAGAGCACUUCAUCACCUGUGUCCCAGGUGUAAACAUUGCCACUGCACAGAAUGGCAUCAAAGUGGUUAAAUGGAUUCACAACAAACCCCCACCACCCAACACAGACCCAUGGCUUCUACGUUCUAAAAGUCCUGUGGGUAACCCACAGCUGAUCCAGUUCAGUAGAGAAGUGAUUGACUUACUGAAGAAUCAACCAUCCUGUGUCAUACCGAUUAGUCAUUUCAUCCCUUCCUAUCACCACCACUUUGCAAAGCAAUGUCGGGUAUCAGACUAUGGCUAUUCCAAGUUGAUUGAAUUAUUGGAAGCAGUGCCUCAUGUGUUGCAGAUUCUUGGGAUGGGCUCCAGGCGUUUGCUGACCCUUACCCAUAGGGCCCAGGUGAAGCGGUUUACUCAGGAUUUACUCAAACUUCUCAAAUCCCAAGCCAGCAAACAGGUUGUUGUGAGAGAAUUCUCACAGGCCUAUCAUUGGUGUUUUUCAAAGGACUGGGAUGUCACUGAAUAUGGUGUUUGUGAACUGAUCGAUAUUAUUUCAGAGAUUCCAGACACAACUAUCUGCUUGUCCCAACAAGAUAAUGAAAUGGUGAUUUGUAUUCCCAAAAGAGAACGUACUCAGGAUGAAAUAGAAAGGACAAAACAGUUCUCCAAGGAUGUUGUUGAUUUGCUGCGGCAUCAACCCCAUUUUCGGAUGCCUUUUAACAAAUUCAUCCCUUCUUACCACCACCACUUUGGCCGGCAGUGCAAACUUGCAUACUAUGGUUUUACCAAACUACUUGAACUUUUUGAAGCCAUACCUGACAUUUUACAAGUAUUGGAAUGUGGAGAAGAAAAAAUCCUUACUUUGACAGAGGUAGAAAGAUUCAAAGCUCUAGCUGCCCAGUUUGUUAAACUCCUUCGGUCCCAAAAAGAUAACUGCCUUAUGAUGACAGAUCUACUUACAGAAUAUGCUAAAACCUUUGGUUAUACAUUUCGCCUCCAAGACUAUGAUGUCAGUUCUAUUUCGGCUUUAACACAGAAACUCUGCCAUGUUGUAAAGGUUGCUGACAUGGAAUCUGGCAAACAGAUUCAGCUGAUAAACCGCAAGUCCUUGCGUGCACUCACUGCCCAGCUGCUAGUAUUGCUGAUGUCAUGGGAAGGAAAUACCUACCUUUCUGUGGAUGAGCUCAAGAGACAUUAUGAAAUGACCCACAGUGCUCCUCUCAACCCCUGUGAAUAUGGAUUCAUGACCUUGACUGAACUUCUGAAGAGUCUGCCUUACUUAGUAGAGGUAUUUACCAACGACAAGACAGAGGAGUGUGUGAAGCUUACUAGUCUAUAUGUGUUUGCCAAGAAUGUGCGGUCUUUACUUCACACAUACCACUACCAGCAGCUUUUCCUUCAUGAAUUUUCCUUGGCCUAUACUAAGUAUGUCGGAGAAUCUCUGCAACCUAAGACAUACGGCUACAAUACAGUGGAGGAGCUCUUGGGAGCAAUCCCACAGGUGGUCUGGAUAAAAGGACACGGUCAUAAGAGAAUUGUGGUGUUAAAAAAUGACAUGAAAAGUCGUUUGAGUUCACUUGGUCUUUCCCCUGCCAGUCAGGACAAUGGGCCCUUAGCUACCCAGCAAAUCCUAGAGGUGCCCGAACUCAAACUCGGAGCAGGAGGCGAUGGGUCCUGUUCAGUGGAGCAGGAGCUUCUCCGCCUGACUGACAACUCUCCUGUGGACCUCCUGUGCGCACCUGUCCCUUCAUGCCUGCCAUCCCCUCAGCUGAGACCGGAUCCCGUCAUCCUCCAGUCUGCUGACCUCAUUCAGUUUGAGGAACACCCUCAAGAACCUGACAUGAUUUUAAACCAAGGACAGACCAUAGAAAUUCCAGUACUAAUCAAGAAUGGAAGCCUGCCCUCUGAUGCCAGCUCCUCCUGCAUCUCUGCUACUGGCCCAGAGCCAAGCUCCCCCUCAUCGGAGCCCCCUGAAUCACUGCUCAGCAAGGACCCUGUGGAAAGCCCAGCCAAAAAGCAACCCAAAACCAGAGUAAAAUUGGCAGCCAACUUUUCCUUUGCACCUAUAACCAAGCUUUGACUCUCCUAAAUAUAGGAUUAGGAUAGGGGGGAAAUAACAGUCUGAUUCUGUACACACAAGUGGGUUCCAAAAUUACAGCCUUUAAUGAACCCCCCCACACACUUAACUUCACCUCUAGGUGUCUUCCACAAUGUUUUGUUCCUUUUAUAUUGAACACAGCUUUGAGCUGAACUUCCGCUUUUUUUUUCUCCCCCAGUUAUUCUUAAAAUAUAUAUAUUGUACACCUUCUGUCAUUUAUUUUAAAAGAAUCCUUAAUAUAUUCUACCAAAUUUUCCUUCAUUAUUAAGAAACAUAAUGGUGUUCUGUAAGAAGAAAACAGUCAGAAGGAAGCAGUUUGACUUCCACUAGCCACGUCAGUGGUAUAAUCCUACAUGUAGCCUAAUAUAGUCUCUAAGCCUUUGCUUACUGAUGUUUUCAGACAGUAUUGGUAAAUGCAUGAUAUAUCUUUGAGGCGAAGCCUGUUCAGUGACCCUGCACAUUCACACACUGAAGAAGGGUAGGUGAGGAGGAGGAAUGUAUUUUUUCAAGUUGGAUAGGGAGGUUCCUGGCUUCCAUGUGACUUGUAAGUGUGUCUUUCUUCUUUUUUUAAACUAUGUCUGUAGAUGACAAAUGUGGCUUCAUCACAAAUAUUUUAAAAAUGUUUCCACAUUAUGGCUCCAUUUAAGGAGCUUUCUAGACAGUUGAGAAUGUUUUAAGCUUCCCCUUUAUGUUAAGUUCCAGUUUGACAUGCAUUAGGUUAAGGAAAAGGAGAUGGUCUUGGUGUCACAAAUUUGAAGUUAGCAUUUGAGUUCCAACACACAUUAUUGUGUGUCAAGAGGCAAUAUUGGAAAGAGAGUCUGAUUUUCUAAAAUAUGCAUCAAAUGCAUAAAUUACAAAUCAGAGCUAAGAGGGUAAAGUUCUUAAACAGGAAUGGUAUCAAUACUCUUUCCAUUAGGAAGAGAAAGAAAUUCUAUCUAGACCUAUAAAGGCCAAGGUUGAUCAACUUAACCUUGCUUUUGUAAUUUUAAAGCUGGUUUUGGUAGCUGGGAAGCUUAGUGGGCAUGUGUGCCUGUGUUAGCUCAGUGUCUUUUCAUAGUGUGUUUUUACUCUGUUAACUUCUCGAUGCUGGAAGCAUGUUGGGGUUCUUUCGUGGUGUCUGAUGUUGGCAUUUGGGGAAAGCCAGCCUUUGAGGGAGCACUGCCCUGUGGAAUGACCUUCGCCUUGAGGUGGCUGAGGUACCCUGGUGAUGGCUGACCUCUGACCCCUCCUGGAAAAGCCUGACAUUUACAAUGGGUUGUAUUUGUUGGGCAAAAUGGCGGAUUCAUCCAUAGAGCAGAGAAAACCUGUUGGCAUAAGGUCUUCCACUAGUUAGAUGGUUUAUUUGGGGAAAUGUUUACAUUUUGUAAUUUCUAGAAAGCCAGCAUUUUGAUAAAAUGCCACGAAAUAAGGGCUAUCGAGAGAUUUUUACAAGUAAGAUUUUUGUUCUCCAAGUCUUUUAAAUAAAGCCUGUGUUUCCCAGAUCCCAACCUAGGGCCCCAGUCAGGAUGUAACAGCACUGGAAAAACUUUCUAAACGUGCUGACACUCUGUGAACCCUUCCAAAGGCAUUAUUUGCUCUACAGACAUAGUGUGACAGGGGGUGGAAUGCAAAUGUGCAAAUUGUUUAAGGAGCUUUUUAAAUAGUCUAACAAAGUUGGUUUUGAGAAUAUCACUUGCCUUACUCUUGAGAUUUUGUAAGGCUGAAUUUGCACACUUAGGCUUUAGUGAGCAAGUGAACUUGAAACAUGUCCAAGGCACCAUUACAAGUCACUGGGAGCAGUCAAUAAGGGCAGCUUCUUUGGGCAACCAACAAAAAAGAGACUAGGGUUGGGGGCUGUUGUGUGAGUGUGGUAGAACCAUACUCUAGCCCCACUGCCCACCAACCUGGGACAUGUGUGCAUGAGUGUGUGUGUGUGUGUGUGUGAGAGAGAGAGAGAGAGAGAGAGAUGCUAAUAAUUGCUGUUUGAAGAUGUUUGAGAUGUCAGAGAAUGCAGCGCAAGCUCAUUGUGUUCAUAACGUACUCUGCAAUGGCCAGUCCAAUCGCUGUCUAUUUUUUUAUCCAGAGGCAUAAUUAAAUGAUGUGACAAAAUAAUGUAAGAGAAUUAAGACAAUGAAAUUCUUUAUUUCUGGGUGGAGAGAUGUACCGAUUAGAUUUACCUGUUUAAAUAUAAAACAGACAAAAGUUAUCACAACCCCCCCCCUUUCCCAUUUGCACUGUUUGUUUUGAAUUGGGCUUGGGGGAAGAGAUAUUUCUCUUAACUGUCUACUUUGUUUGAACACUUUUUUUUUGUGGUUCAAGUGCUGUUUUGUGUGUUGGGACCAAACAGUUGUCAAUAAACUUUACAAGCAAGCAUCAAA